AUGGCAGCACGCACCGGGGUUCCGGCCGAGGAAAUGGCCCGCCUGUCCCUAUCGUCCAAGGCCGUCCACGCAGACGACGCCAUUUCCGCGCAUCGAGCGGUAGCGCCCGCCAUGCACGUCAGCACGACGUUUCGAUAUAGCGACGACCCGGCGCAGCUGAGGCACGCCUCGGACCCCGCCAAGCCGGGGGACUGGAACAAUGCCGAUGUGAGUGUCCCCGAUGACGCCGGGCGGCCCGGCAGUCUCGGCGAAGACAAACACGAGGCGAGGGCGCGAUGCGCCCCCUGCGCGCCGCUAGACUCGCACAUCUACUCGCGGGACUCGAGUCCCAACACGACCCGGCUCGAGGCUGUGCUGUCGAGCAUCCUCGGCGGGCCCUCGGUCACGUACGCCUCGGGCCUGGCUGCGUUCCACGCCAUGCUCGUCCGCCUGAAUCCCCGGCGCAUCGCCAUCGGCCAAGGGUACCACGGGUGCCGCGGCGUCAUCAGGCUCGUCUCCCGCCUCAGCGGGCUCCGGGAGCUCCCUCUGGACUGCGACCCGUCGGAGCUGGGGCCCGGGGACGUCGUGCACGUAGAGACGCCGCUGAACCCGACGGGCGAGGCGCGCAACCUCCGGCACUACGCUGACCGGGCGCACGGGGCCGGCGCCGUGCUGACCGUGGACGCGACAUUUGCGCCGCCCCCGCUGCAGAGCCCGUUCGACCUCGGGGCCGACGUCAUCAUGCACAGCGGAACAAAGUACCUCGGGGGGCACUCGGACAUGCUGUGCGGCGUGCUGACGGUGCGGCCGGGGAGCAGCUGGGCCCGGGAGCUCCGCGAGGAGCGGCUGGUCCUCGGCUCCGUCAUGGGCAGCAUGGAGGGCUGGCUGGGGCUCCGGUCCCUCCGGACGCUCGAGCUGCGCGUCGGCCGGCAGAGCCGCACGGCGGCGGCGCUCGUCGCCUGGCUCGCGGGCCAGCUUGGCGACCCGUCCACCGCCGCCGGACAGCUCGUCGAGAGGCUUCACCACGCGAGUCUGCAGCCCGAGGCGGCGGAGGAGGGCAGCUGGCUGAGGAGACAGAUGCCCGUCGGGUACGGGCCCGUCUUCGCCGUCGUCAUGAGGGACGUGGGCCUUGCCAGGGAGCUGCCUGGCAGGCUGAGAUUGUUCCACCACGCGACCAGCCUGGGGGGCGUCGAGAGCCUCAUCGAGUGGCGGGCCAUGACGGAUCCGUGCGUGGACCAGCGGCUGCUGCGGGUGAGUGUCGGGGUGGAGGGGUUCGAGGACUUGAGGUGCGAUAUCGAGCAGGCUCUGGAGAGUUUGAAGACGGCCGGGGCACGACGCAUCGACAUUGGCACUGACACUGACACUGACACUGACAUUGACAUUGACAUUGACAUUGACAUUGACAUCGACAUCGACAUUGGCAUUGGAAGCGACAUCGGCAUCGGCAUCGACAUCGACAGCCCUUCUCCAACCCAUCUGCGUCCCCGGCACAAAGCCACACCAGCUCCGGUUCCCAUGAGCGACGAGCCACGGCACCUCCCAGAUGCCGUGAUGCCGCGCCUCGCCCUGUUCCGGCUGCCGACCAAGCUCCGGCGCAAAGUACGCCGCAAUAGGAUGGCCACGCUCACGCUGCUGGGCACCCUCGCGCUCCUCCUCAUCUUCCCCAUCUACUCGAUCUACUGCAUAUACAAGCCGCCCAAGGCGCUCAUAGGCUACCUGCGCCAAAGGUACCCCGACGUGCUCUUCGAGGUGACGACGGACGCCAGGGUGGUGGCGCUCUCGCUCGACGACGCGCCGUCCGCGCACACGGCCGACAUCAUGGACGCGCUCCGCGACCACGGAGCCCACGCGACCUUCUUCGUCAUCGGCGCGCAGGCCGACGGCCGCGCCGAGACGCUGCGCUCGCUGAUCCGCGACGGCCACGAGCUCGCCAACCACGGUAUGCACGACGAGCCCGCGUCGCGGCUGGGCGUCGACGAGCUCGAGAGCCAGGCGGCCGAGGUCAAGGCCACGCUGGCGGCCGCCUACGAGGCCGAGGGCCGGGUCCUGCCCAACAACUACUACCGCCCCGGCUCCGGCUUCUUCAACUACAAGAUGCGCGACGUCCUGGGCAGCCGGGGCUACCGCAUCGCCCUGGGCAGCGUGUACCCUCACGACCCGCAGAUCCCGUACCCCAAGAGGAACGCCAAGCACAUCCUGAGCAUGGUGCACCCGGGCGCCAUCAUCAUCUGCCACGACCGCCGGGAGUGGACGGCGCCCAUGCUGAGGAUGAUCCUGCCCGAGCUGAGGGACAGGGGGUACGAGGUCGUCACCAUAAGCGACCUCGUCAGGAGGGCCGAGCCGUUGGACCGGCGGUAG